AUGAAUCAGUCAACGAUGUCUGAGGAAAACCACAGUCACAUCAUGGACAAGAACAUAGACUUCCACAUCGUACAACUGUUCGAACGGUUGGAAACCCUGCGUAAGGAUCCCGCACUGAAGUUAUCACUGUCCGUUCAGGGCCGGGCAAAUAUGCACAAGGAGCUCAGGACACUGGAGCUGUGGAGGUCGGUAACGUCGGAAUGUUUGGCGUCCUUCUUCUACGUGUUUGUUGUGUGCGGUGCAGCUGCCGGUGCUGGAGUUGGUGCCAGCGUCUCCUCGCUGCUGCUGGCCACCUCCCUGGCCUCCGGGCUGAUCGUCGUCGUCCUGACGCAGUGCUUCCUACACGUCUCAGGCGCUCACAUAAAUCCAGCUGUCACCAUGGCCCUGGCGGUGACGCGAAAGAUAUCGGCCCUCCGCGCCCUGCUCUACAUUACCGCCCAGUGCGGUGGAUCGAUCGCCGGUGCUGCCAUGCUGUACGGUGUAACAGUCCCAGGUUAUCAAGGUAAUCUGCAGGCCGCUGUUUCCCACAGCGCUCAACUGGCUCCCUGGGAGCGCUUCGGCGUCGAGUUCAUCCUGACGUUCAUCGUCGUCCUGGCGUACCUCAUCUCGACCAGCUCGUUCAGGAAGUACUUCGGAUCGUCAGCCAUCGCCAUCGGGGCGGCGUACAGUGCGUGCAGUUUCGUUUCGAUGCCCUACCUGAAUCCGGCUCGUUCCCUGGGACCUUCGUUUGUGCUGAACAAAUGGGACAACCAUUGGGUGUACUGGAUCGGUCCGUUCGUUGGCAGCAUCAUAGCCGGCCUGAUCCAUCAGUUUGUGUUCACUCCGAAGCCGAAGUCGAAGGGCAAACCGAAGAGUAACAACGUGUCCGGAGCACCGUCGACCGGUGUGGCAACCACCGAGGAAGGUUGCAACAGCUACACGGUGGAUGUAAGCAAGCUGGCAACCACGGGUCAGGGUACGGUGCAGGGGAAGUUCCAGAACCUGCGACAUCACAGUGGAACACUGCCAUCCCGCUUUUGUCAUAGUAUGUACGCGACCACCGAUCAGCCAACGAUCAAGAUCGAACCUCUGGAACCGAUCUACGGUGCGGCUAAGUCAAUGUUUGGAAAGUCCCCGCAGAUGUCGCGUUCUAACCUGAACCGCUCACAAUCGGUAUACGCCAAGAGUAACACGGCUCUGAACCACCCAGAAAUCCCUGUGACUGUCGCCGCUACUGCCACUUUGCGUCCUGGUGCACUCGUCCCUGCCCAAAGUCUCUACCCUCUCCGAGUGUCACAGCAACAGCAUCAGCAUCAGCAUCAGCAUCAGCAUCAACAGCAACAGAAUCAGAACGUUCAGAACCAACUCCAGCAGCGCUCGGAAAGUAUCUACGGUUUGCGUACCACCGUCCGGCAGCAGCAACAACUGGCCGAACAUCUCUCGCAGCAACUCGCCCCCCGGCCAAGCCUCCCCGAUGGACAGGGCUUCCAGCCGAUCUACGCCAUACGGAACAACAAUCCGAGCUGCUCGAACGAUGCCCUGCGCGAUGUCCACGAACAAGCCGGCUGCGAUAAGGUGCUGAACACGCACGCACGCGCUGACCGGCCAGAAUCGAUGUACGCGGCCACACGUCGCAUCCACUCCACGCACUCCGACGACAGCUCGUACGGAUCGUACCACGGAACGGGCCAGGCGAACACUCCGCCAACGCGCGAACACGGAGCCUACGGUGGAUCGCUCCUUCAUCCGGCACCGAACGCUGGUCGAACACACACGCAACACUCGCACGGUGCUCACCGAGGAGUCACGAUUCUGCAUGAUCCCAACAUGCCGCCACCGCCUCCGCCGCUGAUGAGUUGUAGCUAA